CUCAACUCAGCUGUUUCCAAAUUUGUAUUGCCAAAAAUUUGAUAUUUUAUUUCGACUUUCGAAAACAAGUUUCCGGGAGAAGAAAGAAAGCAAUUCCGCCCGCAAUCUAUGAGCCUGCUGAGCUGGCAGCGGCUUGCGUCCCCGAGGACCCUUUUCCGGCUUCUUAACCCCUUGACCACACAUAGCAUCAAGCUCAAACCAAGGGCAUUUCACCAGAACCCACUGACAAAGCGAUUUUACGCCGGCGACAAGAAAAUGGUCAAGUAUCUGACCCAGAGCGAGGCCAUCAAUGUGGACCAGGAGCUCUUCACGUCCUACAGAUUCAGCGUAGACCAGCUAAUGGAGCUGGCCGGGCUAAGUUGUGCCCACGCGGUGGCCAAGUGCUUUCCCCCGGAGAGCCAUUCGCGGGUCCUUGUCUGCUGCGGUCCAGGGAAUAACGGAGGCGAUGGCUUGGUCUGCGCCCGCCACCUCUCCCUGAUGGGUUACAAGCCCGUCAUCUACUACCCGAAGCCAACGCCCAAGCCCCUGUACGAGGCCUUGAGCCACCAGUGCCAAAUGAUGGAGAUCUGUGCGGUAAGCGAGUGCCCAAGCGUUGAGGUGGCCGCCAGCCAGUACGAUCUCAUUGUGGACGCCCUCUUUGGGUUCAGCUUCAAGCCACCCGUUCGGGCUGAUUUCGUUUCCGUCGUGGAGCUGAUGCAGCAGACAAAGCUGCCAAUAGCCAGCGUGGACAUACCCAGCGGCUGGGACGUGGAGAAGGGCCGAGUGAAUGAGUGCGACUUGGAGCCGGCUCUGCUUAUUUCCCUGACUGCUCCCAAGCUCUGUGCCCGCCACUUCCGGGGAGAGCACCAUUACCUGGGCGGCAGAUUCGUGCCGCCAGCUCUGCAGCGCAAAUACGAACUGAAUCUGCCCGUCUAUCCCGGCAACGAGCUGUGCGUCAAACUGUGAUUCACUGGGAAUAAAGGGGAUCUUUGAUCUUGAGCCGACAGACAUUAACAUUCCUUCUGUUUUAUUUCAAAUAUAUUUAUAUAUUAUUACUUGUUA